AUGGCGAGUCCAGCUUCAGGCGGUAACGACGAGCCGGCGGAUACUACACUGACAGAAGCCAAGCGGGACCACCGAGAGAAGCACACGUCCCACAAAAGGGACAAGAAGCAUGGACAUACAGGUGCGGCUACAACAGAGGAUCAGGGCCCACCUAUCUGUAAGGCUGAAACUUCGCCAUCGGACGCGGCAGCCCGACCACUCGGCAGCACAUUUGCUCGCCCAGUCGACACGCCAGCCGACGACGACAGCCAUCGCAGCGAAGUUACUCGAAAGGACCGUGGCAAGAAAAAGCACAUUAAACGAAAGGAACACGACACCCCACCAGGCGAAGUGCCGCUUUUCGGUGCCCAGAGCCCGCAGGAGCAGCAGGCGAUUCCGUCUCCUUCGCUUCCACUCGUUGGCGAACGCCCACCGCCGAAAGAAAGGCGUCGCUCCGUUGUGAUAACGGGCGUGGACACUCACGGCACUAAGCAGCUGGCUUCGACGUCAAAACCUGCUUCGCCAGAGGAGAUCGUUACCAGAGAUGCCAAGGAUGACGUCGUUCCCAAUUUGAGCGGUUUUCUGAACCGAAGGGAUCCAGCCACCACCGAGGCCCCGACAUUUACGACGCGCAUGGCGGACGCUGAAGCCGAGUUGAAGAAAAAUGACUUGCUCUGCGGGGUCUUCGGCUUCUACCCGGGCUUCCUGCAGAGAUGCCGCUCGCCCCUCUGCGCCCUCACUGUCCUUGGCUUGGCUUCGUUCACGCGCAGCUUCUCGCUAACAGGCUUGUUUAUGGCUGUGCUCCCGACACUGGAACGACGUUACCACCUCAAGGGCUACGAGAGUGGCAUGGUUGUGAGCAGCAACGACGUGGCCAGCUGCCUGGCCAUGCUGCCGGUCUCGUUUAUGGCCACGCACCGCCACAAGCCCAGGAUCGUCGGGUACGGCGUUGCCACCGUUGGCCUGGGUAACCUGAUCGUGGUGAUGGUCCACCUGAUGUCGCCACCCUAUCAGCUGACCGAUGCCAACGCCGACACGUGCCCGAUGACAGACGUCGAGUCCUUGUGCGACAGUUCGGGAAGCAUCAGGAGCUUCCGAUUCAUGUUGAUGGCGGGGCAGCUGCUCAGCGGACUUGGUUCUGCGCCAAUCAACACGGUUGCCGUCGCAUAUAUAGACGAGAACCUACCGAAGAGGAAGUCUAUUCUUCACAUUGCAAUCUUCAAUGGCGUUACUAUCCUCGGGCCCUGCAUCGGGUUUAUCGUGGGCGGCUUCACUCUCAGUUACUACGUCGAUAUCACCACUGACGUCUCCAGCUUGGGCAUGAGCCCGAACAGCCCUGCCUGGGUCGGCGCUUGGUGGCUGGGCAUCUUAGGCGUUGCCGCCUCAAGUUUCGCUCUGGGGCUCAUCAUCUGCACUUUCCCGAAGCAUAUGCCCGGUUACGAGGCGGCGUGCGCCGAAAGGAAGGCCGACCAAUCGGCUCUCUCGAUGAUCAGCAUGGUGCCUACCGGAGAGUUCGGCCGCCACCUUCGCGAUCUGCCCAGGGCCACGCAUCGGCUGUUGACGAAUGUACCCUUCAUGCUGUUGUGCCUCGCGUCGUCUUUCAGCUGUCUCAGUCGUCUCGGCGGUAGUUUUGGCGCCGUAAUUGGCGGCGCCCUGGUGAGCCGCUGGAACCUGGACUACGCGGGUAUCAUGCGUCUCUGCCUGUACAAUUCGUGCAUCUCCUGGGUAGGUGUCUUCGCGUUCCUGUUCAGCUGCCCGCAGAGCACCUUCGCUACGCCGGACGGAUACGUCGGCGCACCGAGUUCUACGGAUUUCAGCUUGAUCUGCAGCAGCAACUGCAAUUGCACGAGGGGCGUCGUGAACCCAAUUUGUGGCGCCGAUGGUGUGGUCUACCUGUCGCCUUGCGUGGCGGGCUGUCAUAAGGAGAUCCACAUAAAUAAUCUGAAGAUGUACAGCGAUUGCUCUUGCGUGAACAGCACGCUCACCGAAUUUCCUGGAGUGAGUAGCGACGUCGUUCUCCUGGGUGGCGUACAGGCUACGCGGUCGCGUUGCCUCGUCGCCUGUGGCCUCCUCCUGCCGUACCUGAUCGGCGUCCCUCUAGCGCUCAGCUCGGUAUUCCUUAACCUAGCGCCAACCACGGCAGCGUCCAUCAGGUGCGUCAAGCCUGCCGAGCGGUCCCUGGCUCUCGGCAUAAGGCAGGUCAUUGGGCGCCUUGUGGGCUCCAUCCCGGCUCCUGUGAUCUUCGGCGGCAUCCUGGACCGUACGUGCCUGACGUGGCAUCGGAACUGCGGCGCCAGUGGCAACUGCAUCGUGUACGAGAACAAGGGCAUGGCUCAUGGCACGUUCUACGCCAUGGCCACUACACUGUCCGUUAGCAUGCUGCUGUUCUACGCAUCCCUCGUCACGCACCGCCGGCAGGCGCACAAGCGUGAAGCCGCCAAAGUGGUCCGCGCUGUGCACAGAAAGUCCGUGGCGGGGCGCCCUCACCGCCCUCCCGAGUGGUUGCCAGGCCUGGGCGAGCUAUUCUGCGAGCUAUCCGUCGUCGAGCUCAGCCUGGAGAAGAUGUACCUCCUGAAGCGCUUUUCUGACAAAGUUGUGUGA